AUGAUCAUGCAGUACUCGGCUUGCUUCGGCACGGAGCUGGCGAUGAACAACCAGUUGGCCACGCACUUCAGGACCUACUUCCAGAUGGAUGCUGCAGAUGCUUCUGCCCUAGCAGGAGCAUUUGGCCUUAUGAAUCUCUUUGCCAGGUCCUUGGGUGGAAUCACAAGCGAUAUCCUCUUCAAGUACAUGGGAUUCCGCGGCCGCAUCUGGGCACAGUUCUUGUCCCUCUUCUUUGAAGCAAUCUUCCUCUUUGGCUUCGGCUUGGUGGACAAUUCGCAGCCAUGGUACGUGGCCUUGGCAGUUCUGGUGUGCUUCUCCCUUUUUGUCCAGAUGGCUGAGGGAACCAGCUACGGCAUCGUGCCUUUCAUGAACAGGCCUCAGCUAGCGGUGGUGUCUGCCCUUGUUGGGGCAGGCGGGAAUUUGGGAGCUGUCAUUGCAGGCUUCUGCUUCUACCGGCCGAUCGAUGAUCCCUUGCUUCCUUUCCAAGUGCACGCUGGCUACGUGAUGUUCUGGGCAUUGCUCAGCCCUUGCUACUACUGGGCGGAGCACGGUGGCAUGUUCCAUGGCCCUGCGGUAAAGACGGCAGAGAUCAAGGACACUGAAGAAACCAAGGCCGCUCCCGCUGCCGAAGUAGCGGUGUAG